GCGGACGGGGUGGUUCCACAGUGGGAGGUUUGUGUAUCCUUCAGUCCGUUUGAGAAGCGGAGAGGAUUACCACCGAAAACGAGUGCGAUUGCGGAGCGAUUCUGUCGGAUUCGCAUCCCGACACCUUCCCUAUAUUUUCGGACGACGUUUCCAGCGCUGAUCGUCGAUGAUUUUCCACGAUUCUUCAAUGGAUUACUAAUUUACCAUCUCGAUCUGUCGGAUAUAUCAGCUGAAGAUCUGUAAGUGAGUUCACUCAAGAGGAUCACCGUCACCGUGGACGGAGAUGAAGACACUGGAGGAGCCUCCUUACCUGACCGUCGGCACUGACGUGAGCGCCAAAUACAGAGGGGCCUUCUGUGAGGCCAAGAUCAAGACCGCCAAGAGACUCGUCAAAGCAAAGGUCACCUUCAAACCCAGCUCGUCCACUGCAGAGGUGCACGAUGAACACAUCAGAGGACUGCUGAAGGUGGGCGCUGUGGUGGAAGCCAGGAACCCAGAUGGGGUCUAUCAGGAGGCCACCAUCAACAAACUCACUGAUGCUAGUCUGUACACCGUCGUGUUUAAUGACGGUGAUGAGAAGACCCUCAGGCGCUCGUCUCUCUGCCUGAAAGGAGCGCGACACUUCGCUGAGAGUGAGACGCUCGACAGGCUUCCUCUGACGAACCCCGAACACUUCGGCUCUCCUGUUAUCGGUAAAAAAGGAAACCGCGGAGGCCGACGCUCCAAUCCCAUUCAAGAAGAGGAGUCAUCUUCAUCAUCUAGUGAGGAAGAGGAGGGCGAUCAGCAGCAAAACGAAGAGCUUUAUGGCAAAGUGGUGUGUGUGGAUGGAGUCGUCACGAUUGACAAGAAGAAAUCCACGUGGUAUCCUGCGCUGGUCAUCUCUCCAGACUGUCAUGAAGAUGUGUCACUGAAGAAAGACAACGUUUUUGUUCGCUCCUUCAAAGAUGGAAAAUUUUACACAGUUUUGAGGAAAGACGUUCGAGCGCUGGAUGAAGAGAAAGCUCCUAAAGCGGACGCAGGACUCAAACCAGCGUUAGAUGCAGCGCGGGCUUUCCAGCGUAACGGCACUGUGCCCAGCACCUGGAGGACAGAGGUGAAGGAUGAAAGCUCCAGCAGUGAGGAGGAAGAUGAGGAAGAGGAGGAGGAACAAGAGGAAGAGGCCAGCAGCGAGGAGGAAGAGGAGGAAGUAGAGCCGUUCCCAGAAGAGAAGGACAACUUCCUGCAGCAGCUUUACAAAUUUAUGGAGGACAGAGGAACUCCGAUCAAUAAGCGCCCGGUGCUGGGCUACAGGAAUCUCAAUCUUUUUAAACUCUACCGGCUGGUGCAGAAGCUCGGAGGAUUCGACAAUAUCGAGAGCGGAUCUGUCUGGAAACAGGUGUAUCAGGAUCUGGGCAUCCCCGUGCUCAACUCCGCAGCCGGUUACAACGUCAAGUGUGCCUACAGGAAGUAUCUGUAUGGCUUUGAGGACUUCUGCGCCUCCACGGGGAUCACGUUCCGCAUGGAUCUGCCGUAUAAGACGGCCGAGAAGACCAGCUCAAAGAGCGAGGUGAACGCGGAGGAAACAGCCAUCAGCGGAAACGCUGUCUCUUUAAGCACAUCCAGCGCAGAAGAAGAAGAGAAAGCCCUCAAAGAAGCAGAGACCUCCAGUGUGCAGCAUGUGUCCAAGGAGGAGGAUGCAGAAUCCAUAGCGCCGUGUGAAGAUAAAGAGGACAUCAGCAGCUUACAUGAGGAGGAGGAGGAGGAGGAUAACCACGCUGAUGAAGAGGAGAACGAUUCGAAAGAGGAGGCUGAAGAGUUCAUCCCGACAGCGCAGAGUCCCGUCACUGAGAGCGUGAAGGAGGAACCGUGUGAGGAACACCAUAGCAAAGAUCUGUCAGGGGAUGUCAGCAGUCAGGAGUGGGAGGAAGGGGAGGAGUUUGAGUGUUACCCUCCUGGGAUGAAGGUGCAGGUGAGGUAUGGGCGAGGCCGCAAUCAGAAGACGUACGAAGCCACUGUGAAAGAGUCAGACCUGGAGGGGGGAGAGGUGCUCUACCUGGUGCACUACUGUGGCUGGAACGUCAGGUAUGACGAGUGGAUCAAAGCCGAUAAGAUCGUCAGACCAGCCAAUAAGAACGUCCCUAAAAUAAAGCACCGCAAAAAAAUAAAGAAUAAAGCAGAACGAGAAAGAGACCGAAUAGAGAGAUUGACAGACACAGUGGAUCUUCCUUCACCCAAAAAUCGCUUCAACCGAUUGUCCAAACCAAACUCCGGCAGUGAUGCUUUCUCCACGAAGGAGGAGUAUGGUGAUGAAGGAAGCCAGCAGAUGCCCGUCAAGUCCAUUGAGAUCACAUCCAUUCUCAACGGCCUUCCAGGCUCUGAAAGCUCCACAGACGACAGCGAGCGAGAAGACGAUGGUGACGCUGAUCUCGAUGAAGAGGAUCAUCCAGGAGCACGAGCGAGCCUUCGGAAAGCAGUUCUUCCAGAACGCCCGCUAACGCCACAGCACUGGGAGAGCGGAAGCCCGUCUGAAGCCUUCAAAGCUCCCGCAGACGAGGAGCCGAGCGUCCAGAACAGCCCUGAAACGAGCAAGAGAAAGGUGGAGCUCGAAGGAUCCGGCGGCAGAAGAAAAAAGGCUGGAGGUCAAGGUGAAAGUCCUUUGAAAAGCCCAGGGAAGGGCAGAACUAGAAGCUGCAGAGGAGGCGAUUGGUUGCCAAGUAGUUCGCCCAAAAAGUUAGAAGAACGAGGCCCGGUGGAGGAUAGAGGCGCUCAAUCGUGUAGCAGCUCUGAAGACGAAGCAGAUCCUCCAACAGAACCACAAACCAAGGAAGAGCCAAGAGGAAAUCCCAAAACCAAGGGCUCGCCUUCAAAGAAAUACAACGGAGUGAAGGAUAAAAAUAAAAGCGGGCGUUCGGUAUUCUGGGAUAUCCCAGAGAAAAGAGCCAAAAUAUCCACAGGGAUUGAAGAAAGAUCGCCUGGCUGUCGUACUAAAGGUCAGAAGGACGUGUGGUCCAGUAUCCAAGUCCAGUGGCCCAAGAAGACCCUAAAGGAGCUGUUUUCGGACUCUGAUACCGAGGCGGCCAACUCUCCUCCACCAGCAGUAACGGCUCCGGACGAGCCCUGUGUCGAACCCUCCCGGGACGAGGAGAUCGCCGAGGACAAGCUGCAGGAGCAUCCCAGCAGCGGCACCAACUCGGUCCUCAACACGCCUCCGACUACACCAGAGUCGCCCGCCGUAGGAGAAGGACCCGCCGAGGUCCGAGCGCCGUCGCCGCCCACCAGUCCUCCAGCCGUCUCUUCACCGACAGGAGCUCUGCUGGAGGAGCAGGCGGGGGGGCGCAGCGAGUCCGACAGCAGCACGGUGGAGGUGGAGAGCAUGGGUGGAGAAAUCCAGGAGAUUCCUCAAGAAGACGGGGCAGGUUCCCCUUCCAAGGCUUUCGAUGGAAACCUGUCGUGCAACAGUAACAGCAACUGUAGCCUCACGAUGAGUAACUGCAGCCAGCUGGAGAGCGAGCAGAAAAAUAAAGCCGCAUCCAGUCAGAAGAGGCACAAGGAGUCUCAAGGCGGCGGAGCAUCAAAGAAACACAAGCGCAGUCAUAAAGGCCUGAGCUUACAUCCCAAGAAGAACCGCAAACCAGCCCACAGCAGUGACAGUGAGGACCAGUGUAUGAGCGAGAGCACUGCCAAAUCCCCCACAUCUAAGAGCAGCAGCGAGAUGAAGCGGACGCCCCCCUCAGGCCACAAGUACCACAAACACGGCGAUCCGGAUCACUCCCACGGCCGGGGCAGGUGGAGCUUCCAGAUGUCGGACCUGGAGAAGAUGAGCAGUCUAGAGCGGAUAGCGUUCCUUCAGGAGAAACUGCAGGACAUCAGGAAUCACUACCUCCUGCUCAAAUCUGAGGUGGCCUCCAUCGACAGGAGACGCAAGCGCAUGAAGAAGAAAGAGAGAGAGACAGGUGCAGCGGCGUCCUCGUCCUCAUCCUCACCGUCCUCCAGCUCUCUGACGGCGGCUGUCAUGCUGACGCUGGCCGAGCCCACGGUGUCCAGCGCGCCGCAGACCUCGGGGCUGUCUGUGGAGUGCAGGUGACAGCAGCGGGACGCCGGCGGCGAGCAGCACAGAGCACUUAACCAGCACCCGACCCGCCCCAGAGACACUGACGGACACAGCGACGGGACGAAACCAGAGCCACCAGACAGCAACAAGCACUAUUUUAUAUCGACAACUGUUUCCUUGGCAAGCUAAUUGCACUCAAGUGCACUUUCUUUCUGAGAGUUGUGGGAGGGUCGGGUUUGACAACAGGACAAAGACUAUUUCUAUUUGUUUGUCCGUUCAUUUUACAAACCCAUCGCAUUCACUUUUGACCAUUUAUGAAUAUUUGAUUCUAUCUUUGAAUAUGAAUUCAUCUGCAGUGACUGAAAACUGUAGUUCACCCUCAGAUCCACCGGUCCCGGGCCGUUAAAGAGGCGGCAGAGUUUAGAAACAUGGACUUUCACUGACGGUCAGUCAACGCUGCAGUGCCUUACAGUUUGGGCACCUGUGAGGAAUGCUGGGAAACGCUCAGUGCUGGCUAACCUGUCAUCCAGGGGUAGAUAUGUGUUUCAUAACAGAGCCCAAACUCACAUGAAACUGAAUGUCUGCUUUUCUUUUUAAUCAUAACAGGAAUCAAGAGUCUGUCCAGGUCAUAUUUCACCCUAAAAUUAUUUAUAUACAUAUUAUAUGUAUAUAUAGCAACAACAAAAAAAAUUACUGCAUUUUUAAAAUUUUGAUUAUUUAUUAAAAACAACAUUUAAAAAAUACUGUAUUACAGUAAUGAGAUUUAUGAUAAUUACUGAGAAUUGAAAUGAUUUAGGCAAUUUCAUAACAAAAAAUAACAAACUUUGUUAUGCUUUUGUUAAUAUGAUUUCUUAAAUACUGUAUAAGAGUCCUGAGAAACACCACUGACAAUAAUAAUUAUACAUUUAAUAAAUAAUUGUAUAUAAAUUUCACAAUUAAUAAAAAACAGUGCUCCUAAAAAUAGGUUUCAUUUUUUUAAUUGUGAAAUUUGAAAAUAAUUAGAAUUUUUUUUAAUUAAAAUUAAAAUUUUAAGUUAUUAUUUUAUAUAUUAUAAUUAUAUUUCUAAUUAAUAUUUGUAUUAUUACAUUAUUAUUUUAUUAAAUAUAUAGUAUUUAAAUAUACUGUUAAAGAAGCAACUGAGAAUUAUACAUUUAAUUAAUAUUUCUGUAUAAAUCAUGCAAUAAUAAAAAACAAAAUCUUAAUGGCCCUAAACAUUGGUUUCAUUAUGAAAUAUUUUUUUUGCAUAUUUUUGUUUAAUAAAAUAGAUCAUUAAAAAUGGCAUAUCGCAGUUAUGAGAAUCACAGUUGAAAGUGAUGAGAAUUGAAUAUUUAAAUUGAUUUCACAAUUAAAUUAGUUUAGUUUUAGGGUUAAAUCUGACUUGGAUGUGUUUUGGUUCAGAUCACGCCUUAUGAAUGUUAUAUCCCAAUUUGUCCAUUGUUUUAUUUGUGAUGAUUUCAGAAAGCCUUAUGAACGAUAUGUUGACCAGCCCUUCAUCUUCAUCGUUCUCCGCUCGAUCCUCUGUGUUUGUUCAUGAGCUUGUCUUGUCGAUGGAGAAGCGAGCGAGUCGGAUAAGGGCUAUUGAGCCGCGCGCUCACGUUUGGAGUUUGCGUUCAGUAUCUCUGGAGGUGAAAUGUAUUAUGAUUGUUGACAAUUUGAGAAUUGAUGACUUUUUCUGGCACCCAGGAUUCUAAGUGUAUUUUACUACUGAAAUCUAUCCAGACCCUGUGGGGUUUAAAUGGUUAAUGUGGCAGUAUUCAGAAGUGCAAUGGCAGAUUCAUCUGUGAUCGUGUGCAAUGACAGAUGCCGUUCUGUUCUGUACGUAGCCUUUGUGUGUUUAUGUCUUCCUUGUUUCCAUUUCCCGCCUCUUUCUCCAAUGCCGUGAGUGUAGGCCACUGGGAAACGCUCCGCUGGUUUGGUGGCUUGUGCUUGCAGUGAUGGGUGGACUGUGGGUUAAAGCAGUAAUUCACCUAAAAAUGAAAAUGCUUUCAUGUGCUUCCAAAACCGUUUAAUGAAAUUGACCUGUGAAACACAAACGAUGUUUGUUUUUCCUACAACAUCUGUCGGUCUCUAAAAACGACAUCAUUUCAGUCUGUUUCUCACACAAAUCAAUCCGAGGAAGCUUGUUUCCACCACAAUAUACAAAAAUAAGAGCUAACUGGGACUUGGGUUUUUUCCACGCAAUUUUGAGGAUGUUUACAUUGCAGAUUUAAACUGAAAUUAGAAAUAAACUAAUAAUUCUGAGAAUAAAGUCCAAAUUGCAAAAUGUAAAUUUAGAAUUAGAGAAAAAUACAUCAGAAUUACAAGAUAUAAACUCAGAAUUCUGAGAAAAAAUGAUAGAAUUGUGACGCAAAUUAGAACUUUGAGAAAAAACUCUAAAGUGUGAGAUGACAAAAUAUUUGAAAUAAUAUUUUAAAUCUUUUAAACAGAAAUGGCUUAGUUGCAAGAUGCAAACUCAGUUUUUCAAGGGGGAAAUUUUCUAAAUAGCAAAAUGUAGAAUUCUGAGAAAAAUUAGAGAAUUGUGAACUCAGAAUUUUAAUAAGAGGAAAAAAAUCUAAGUUACAAGAUGCAAACUCUAUUUUCAGGAAAAAAAUAAAAUUGUGAGAAACUGAAUUCUUCAAAAAUACGAGAUGUAAACGCAGAAUUCUGAGAAAAAUGCAUCAGAAAUGCUACAUUUAAACUUCUGAUUUUUAUUAAAAAAAAUUUUACAGAAUUGUGACAAUCUCAAAAUUGUCAGAUGCAAACUCAGAAUUCCACGUAAAGUCAAAAUUGUGAGAUGUAAAUUUAGAAAAAUUAGGAAAACGGCAUAAUUUCAAUAAGCUGAACUCAAAAAGUCAAAAUUGUGACACAAACUCAGAAUUCUAUAAGAAAGACUAAAAAAAAUUAGGAAGGAUCGCUAGAUGUAAUCUUGCAAUAAAAAAAAAAAAAUAGAAAACUUAAAAAUGGAAAGUAUCUUGAUUUAAUAUGACUUCCAAUACAGCGCAACAGCCGCUCCAAGAAAACAAGACAUGAGGAUGAGUCCAUGUUCAUUUGGGGUGAAUAACUGCUUUAAAAGUAAAACCAAGAGAAGCUCUUCCUCUCAUCUCUGAACCCUCGGUGGUUUCAUCCUGCGCCAUCUGACCAGGGAAAGGGUUACGAUGUGAAAAGUGCUGAAGAUCUCCAGAGUUUCCUUUUGUAUAGACUCCCUCUUAUAUCAUAACCUGAAGGUCUGUAGCGUUUGGCACUUGUAUGUAAUUGUAUGCCUUUGUUAUACAUUUGUAUAUUGAGAAGUGUGUUUUGAGUCAAGCUAUUUAAUAUCUUGCACUGUUAAUACCAUGUACGUUUCUGUACAGUUUUACUGUUUUAACUGUAGUGUCUGUGUACAUCCGGAAAGUAGAAGCUUGUUCAUUUUCUUAUCCAUGCCUUUGUGUUUCUUUCUUGCAUAGAGGUUAGUUUUGAUUUCAUACUUUUUUGUUCUCGUCUGUGUAUUUCCGUUAAGACUGUGCUUGUACCAGGUUUUUCUUUUUCUUUUCUUUUUUCUUUUUUAAAUGUGGUAUUUUCCAAUCUGUACAUGAACUGUAAAGUUUUAUGGAUCUUUACAAGUAUGUUCAGAGAUGUUUGUAAAGACGAGAGAGAGAGAAAGAAAGAGUCAAAGCUUAACGGGAAGUUCUAUCAUAUUUAUUAAGCUCAUCAGAAGAUGGACCGUGUGUAAUUUAUUGUACAAAUGUAAGCAGAAAAGCCUUUGAAUUAAAUGCCAUAGUUUGUGA